UUCACAAAGUAGAAUGUACAACUUGUGAUACAUUACAAAUUGUUAAGUUGUAUACGUUAAGAUAUUCAUAAAUUUUUAAAAUUCUACAAUGUUUUAAGUAGACUAAGCAGAUGGCAACUAUGAUGCGUAUGCAUUUAUUGAAGAUAUUACCUUACCAUUAGCGAGAUGGACAGCAGUCCUAGGGAUGCUGUUAGAGUCAAAGUUAAGAAAUGUGAAAUUCGACAUCGACCUGAAUAUCGAAAAUUUAGCGUGGACCCACAAAUAACCACAAUCGAAGUCUUACAAAGCCUCUUAAUUAAGGCAUUCGAUAUUAAAGGAGAAUUCACUGUAUCGUACAGAGCAGUAGACGAAUAUGGCGCAGAAGCUUAUUAUUUUAUUGUAUCGGAUUGGGAUUUGGAUGCAGCUUUUUUCGACGCAUCGGAACCAUAUCUUUAUCUACAAGUAAAUUUGAAGCCAUUCGGAGAAACGAGUGAGUGCGAAAGUGAUUGGGAACAAAAUAUUCAACAUGUGGCUACAAGACCGGAGCUUGGUUUUGCGUACAAGACCCCCAGAUUACCGGGUAUUAUUAUGAAUAAGAUGGAAAAGACAUUGAAUCUUGUUCAAAGAGCCUUUGGUAAUUUGAGCGAAGAAUUAAACCAAGCAAGUAUUCAACCGCCUCGUGAACCUUUAACGGAUGCUGAGUUUCGUAAGUUUUUAGAUCCCAUAGGCCAGAUUAUACAAUCGAAGGAACUGCGUGCUGUAAUUUACUUUGGUGGUAUUGAGCCGAGUUUACGAAAAGUUGUUUGGAAACAUAUACUUAACGUUUACCCCGAUGGAAUGUCAGGACUCGAAAGAAUGGAUUACAUGAAACGCAAGGCUCAAGAAUAUAUAAAUCUUCGCGACGCUUGGAAGAAUCUUAUGCAAAAUGGACAGAAUAUUGGAGAUCUAGGGUAUGUUACUAGUAUGGUAAGAAAAGAUGUUUUGAGGACUGAUCGACAUCAUAAAUUUUAUGGUGGUUCAGAUGAUAAUCAAAAUACUGCAAGUUUAUUCAAUAUUUUGACAACUUAUGCUUUAAAUCAUCCUAGUGUAAGCUAUUGUCAAGGUAUGAGUGAUCUAGCUUCUCCUCUUUUAGUAACAAUGCGCGACGAAGCUCAGGCAUACAUUUGCCUUUGCGCACUAAUGAAAAGGCUCCAGGAGAAUUUUAUGCUAAAUGGCAUUGCAAUGACAACGAAGUUUGCUCACUUAUCGGAAGGUCUUCAGUACUAUGAUCCAGAAUUUUAUGCCUAUCUCAAGUUGCAUCAAGCCGAUGACUUGUUAUUUUGCUAUAGAUGGUUACUCCUGGAAAUGAAACGAGAGUUCGCACUUGACGAAGCAAUGAGAAUGCUCGAGGUCCUUUGGGCAUCCUUGCCAGCAGUUCCACCUCCAAAUGGGGAGCUGUCCCUAGUGGAAGUCAAAUUUCCACCAUCCUCUCCCCCUCCUAGUCCGAAUAUAAAACAAAUUCGAGAGAAUGCAUAUACUAAAGUUUGCGCACUUAGACGGCAAAGUUCAAGUGCCAGUGUUAAUAGCAUUAAAAAACGAAACAUCAAUACCGACGAUCCUUUAACGGAGAAUGACACGGGUGAACUCGAACGGUCCAUUAGUCAUCAACAGUCAAAGCCUGAAAGCGAAUGCCUCGAUGUUAUAAAAAAUCGGAAAAAUACCCCUCCUGAAAAGUGCUUCAGUCUGGACUCCAUACCGAGUUUAAAUCCGAAGAAACUAAUGACAACUUUAUUGGAUUUUGAUCAGAAGUUAGGUUCGUCGGGUGGUCUAGAUCAACAGGUCAAGACUCAAGCAAGCAAGUGCGCCAGGGUCGUUAGGAAUUUAAACGAAUUUUUGAAUUUCACGAGCCUCAAUAAAAGUAGAGUUAUACCUAGUAACGAUUCUGAAGUUCCGAUAAAAAUGUCGACCGAUGAUAGUGCCCUUCACAAUAAUCACGACGAAUCUAAUUCUCCCGAUGACUUGACAGAUUUUCUUCCUAUGACAACGUCUAUUACAAGGGAAUUACGAUUGGAGCUUGAAUCACUCGAUCGACAGGUCUUUGGGCCGUCUCCACCUGUCAAGGACCAGCAAUGUGAUUGUAACAUAUCUAAGCAAGAGCAUGAGAUAAUAGAAAGUGAGGCUGAAACAGAAUUGCCUAAGUGUAGUCCAGCAACGGAUGUUUUUGUUUGGGAAAAUCCUUUGCAUACAUUACAGAACAAGCAAAACCCAGCAACUCCAGAUGAACAGGUCGAGCUAGAAUACGAUGGUGAAAUCAUAGAAGAUCAAAAUGGAGUAAAAUCUGUAACUCCUAUACGUUUAUUUAAACAAACGGCCAGGUAUGACGAUGUCUCUGAUAGUGAUGGAACUGACAGCUGGCCACAAAAUUCAGCGGCGACGGAUUCAGUGACACCACCCGUAGUUCAAGAGCAAUGCGAAGAAGUCACGGAACUAACGAAUCUGAUUCCAGUUGGCAUCAGUGACGACGAACAGCAACUUGGCACUGAUUCGUUACCGCCUCCGAGCGAAUUUGGCGGUGGUAAUCCUUUUUUAAUGUUCCUGUGUAUAACUUUAUUGCUGCAACAUAGAGACUAUGUUAUACGCAAUCAAAUGGAUUAUAACGAAAUGGCCAUGCACUUUGAUAAAAUGGUGCGUCGUCAUAAUGUUACUAAAGUUUUAAAUCAAGCAAGACGAUUAUUCGCAAGCUAUUUAAAAAGACAUGCAAAUAAGUCAGAGUAUGUAAAUUCAUAAGGAGCAGUAGUUGCAGAAGCUAUCCCCCCCCCCGCUACUUUAAUACCUUUAAAACCUGAACAAAAA